AUGACAAAUACUGAUAAUAAUAAUACGCAAAACAUGCGACGUGCAAUAAAAGACAAGUUGACUAAUAUUUUAGACGAUCCUCGCAUAUCAAGUACAACACAAUCAUUAAGUAAUAGCGAUGGACGACGUCAAAUAGCUGAUCGUGUAGUGGGAUUUGUCAAGGAGAAAAGUGGUGCAAUCGCAUCAACAGUUCAAGAACAUGUAAUGUCAGUAACAGAUACAACAGGUACACUUGCAAAACAAAAAUUAUUACAAACAUUAUUUUCAUCGGGUGUUGUACAAAGUGAACAUAUUCGACAGGCACUUCAAAUUGGUAUUGGCUAUUUUCUUGAUCAACAAUGUAGAAAUCCUGAUAACUCAACUGUAUAUAUUCAACGAGAGAAAUUUCCGGCUAUUGGUAGUAAAACUCCAUCUCAUUCUAUACCUGAUUUUGAUCUUGAAGCUUAUGGACUUGAUACAUUUUGUACUAUAAUGAGUAUUUUUGGUAUUAAUCCUAAUUUAUUAAAAAGACAUAUAUGCAAUGGUCAACUUAAAGAAAUAGUCAAUCCAUCUAGUUCAGGUUCAUUACUUUAUUUAACAUCGGAUUCAACAUAUUUAAUAAAAACUGUACGUGAUUAUGAUGCAAAAUUUAUUCAACAAAAAUUUCUUCAAGAAUAUUUUCAAUAUAUUAGUCAAAUACCAGAUACAUUUAUUGCGAAAUUAUUUGGUGUUUAUGGUUAUAUACCAUAUAUUUCACAACAACGAGGAAUUACUGUUGAUUCAUUUACAUUACGUUUUGCAAUAUUUUCAAAUAUAAUACCAACAAAUUUAGAUAUACAUGAAAAAUAUGAUCUGAAAGGUUCAUCUUAUAAACGUGAUGCAAAUUUUAAUGAAAGAAUUAAAUCAUCAGCAACAUUUAAAGAUAAUGAUUUUCGUGAAAUACAUCCACAAGGUUUAAAAAUACCAAGACAAAUUUAUAAUCAUUUAAAACGAAUUCUUACAAGUGAUGCAGAAUUUUUAGAAAGACUCAAUAUUAUGGAUUAUUCAUUAUUAUUAAUUAUACAUAAUAUGGAUAAUCAAAAUAAACCAACACGGACUGGAUCAUUAGAAGCACUUAUGGGUUCUCUUCGUGAUACACUUCUUAUUGGUAUGAGAGAACAACGUCUUGAAAAUCAAAAUCAAACGAAUAAUGAACCGAAAUCAAGUUUACGAUUAAAAAAACCAAAUGAAGCAUUAGGUUUCGUAUAUGAAGAAAUCCCAACAUUUGAUGUAGAAUAUGCUAAAGAAUUCGGAGGUAUUCCAGCAAUAAAUGGAAAAGGUGAACGUUUACUUCUUUUUAUUGGUAUUAUUGAUAUACUACAAACAUUUGAUAUAUGUAAAGUAAUGCACAGACAAUAUCAAACUGUUGAAAAUCGUCAUGUUACUGCUGAACGUUCAAUAGUUGAAGCAGAUUUUUAUGCAAAACGAUUUAAAGAAUUUCUUUUCGAACGGGUUUUGCAUCCAGCUGAUGAUGAAAUUCCAUCGAAUUUAUCAACUACGACCACUACUAACGAACAAACUAGAUCUUCAAGAUCAUCUAUCUAUCCUCCGUUAGGUUUUUCUGAAUAA